UACAGCCUACAGCCAAAGCGCAAUGUUAGGGUGGACUUCGUUGUUAUCGCGUAGCCUACACCCCCUCUCUCUCUAACUCUCUGUCUCUCUCUCUCUCUCUGCCCGUCUCUCCCCCCUCUUUCUACUUCCCAUCUCUUCCUUAAUCCCAUUUGCCAUUGUACAUGCCCAAUCGCCAUAUACUUUCCGCAUUUAACUUGGAUGACAUUUUUAUUUCAUCAUUAGCAUUCGGCGCCAGACUGACGCGGUGGACACAGUUGCAUUUUGACUAAGGAGCGCACAAGACUUGGAUGCAAUAUCGAUAUUAUUUUGUUCUCUCUGAAGAACAUUUACUUUUCUGAUGUGUAUUUUAUUUUUGUCGUUCUCGAUCAUCUGGCAUUAGGACCACAACCUCCAAGCAGCAAUGCCCGAGACGGCGCAAGAGACGUGCACUCCGGUGAAAGACUCUCCCUUCUUCAUUAAGAACUUGCUAAACUGUGAUAGUAAACCAUCCAAACCCAAGCCCAUCUUCGCCUCGGCAAAGGUUGCUUUUGAAGGGGGCUUUUCUCUUUCCCAGGUCGGGGACUUCAACUUUCCUCGCUUUGAGUUACCCACACAGAGGUUUGCCUUACCGGCGCACUAUCUGGAGCGAGCCUCAGCAUGGUGGUAUCCCUACACACUCAGUGCAGCCAGUCAUCUACACAGAACCGAAGUUGCGGAGAAGGCAAGAGCAAGAGACUCCUCUCCAACCUCGUGCACGGAUCGCGACUCGCCAGACCUGGUGCUCAAAUCUGACCCAGACAGCAAAGAAGACGAGGACAACAAAAGUGGGGAUGAAAUAGUUCUUGAAGAGAGUGAUCCUGAGGACACAAAGAAAGACAGUGGGGUAGACGACUGGAAGAAAAACGAGGACGGUGGGGACAAGAAAGCAUGUCGAAAAAAGAAAACACGCACAGUGUUCUCCCGAAGUCAGGUGUUUCAGCUCGAGUCCACCUUUGACAUGAAACGCUACUUGAGCAGUUCGGAGAGGGCCGGAUUGGCAGCGUCUUUGCACCUGACAGAGACCCAGGUAAAGAUUUGGUUCCAGAACAGAAGAAAUAAAUGGAAGAGACAGCUUGCCGCUGAACUAGAGGCUGCCAAUCUGAGCCACGCCACUGCACAGAGGAUAGUGCGAGUGCCCAUCCUCUACCACGAGAACUCUGCCUCAGAGACUGGCAGUGCGACCGGGAACGUGCCUGUGAGCCAGCCGCUCCUCACCUUCCCUCACCACCUCUAUUACUCUCACCCAAUCGUCACCUCUGUGCCGCUACUCAGACCGGUCUGAAAAACAAGAGGUUGUUGUCUAUAUUCCUAACUCGUACAGAACACUACACAAUACAAACUAAAACAAUAUUUUUUUAAAGAAGAAAAAUAAAAAUAAAAAAGAGAGCCAUGCUUUCUGUCAAAGAGGACCUAUUGCGCAUUUUUAUAUUAGACUGCAGUUUACAUUUUCUCUGGUAUAAUUUCACACUAUUAGCAUAUUGUUAUUAUUAAUAUUAAAAGUAUUCUUCUAAUUAUUGUUAUAAAAAUAAUUAUAAUUAGGUCUAUUAUUAUUAGGCCUUUUGUUAUUAUAGCAGCUUUGAGAUAAUUUCCGCUAAGACUAUCCAGUUCACACUGCCCCAAAAUACAUUUCAGCAAGCCUUUUUUCCCCUCGCAGAACCAUAACAUUCAGGAAAUUACAUUGGAGUUAAUGUCGUUCAAUUUCCAUUUGCAACGUGUGUUAUGACAAUUCGGCAACAUUGGUUUGUUUUCUAUCGGACAAUGUGAUUUUUGAUAUGGGCAAUACUGUAAGCACUAGCAUUUGACCCCAAGUUGUGUGAUAGACCCAUUCAAUUCAUUGUUUUCUCUUUGCUCAGCUAUUUAGGAAUGAAUAUCGGACAGAUUAUCGAACGGGCUUAUUUUUUUCUUGUCUUUUUUUAACUUAAAGCGCUUUAGCAGCGGACAAUCAAGAUACAUUGUUUUAUGUACAAUAUAAUUGUAGCUUAUAGGCUUAUUGUUUUGAUGUACUGAUUCUCAUUUCUGCUUGCUCGACAAUGUCCUUAUAGCACAACUAAGAAUUACAUGUCAUUGCCUUUUGUGUUUUUGAAACUUGAUCAUGGUGUACAAAUGUAUAUGGAUAUAUUGAAUCGAGUCAAUGGAAGAAGCUACCAGGUGAUGCUAUUCCUUUGUACAGAAAAACACGUUUUGAUAUUGUAUUGCUGAAUUAUGUUGUGAAAUAAAUGGAGGUUAUUCCAUA